GCGCUAUGCUCUACCACGGGGCGAGCCUUUCGACUCAGUUUUAACGCGCACGCUAUAUGAAACGACAACUAUGCGUCGAUGUUCGCUCGCAGCCGAUAAUUAUUCAUAUCGGAACCGAUUCUAGCGACGAAAAUAGCACCGCCGGUAAACAAAUUCGCGAUUUUUAUUGCCGGCAAUAAUCUGUUUUUUUUUUUAUUAUUUUUUUAUCUGCGCUCACUCGCAUGUCGCUGGUGUCUCCGCGAAUCUUAAUAGCAGUUAAUCAUAGUUUAUUUUUACCGCGCAACGUGUGCUAAUAAUUGUGUUGGGGCCUCGGCGUGUUUCUUUUAUUUUUCUGUCCUAGUGAUCGAGUCGCGGUUUGCGGAAGUUGAUUCGCGAAUAAUUUGUCAAGUUAAUUAAGAUUAUUUUUGUUAGUGAGACAGUUGUUACCGGCGCGAACGGACUGCCGCUUUUUUCGGUAACUUCGCCGGGUUUUUUAAAUAAUUUUGGCGGGAAUACGAGGGAAGGUGUUAACCGAGGAGUUCAUACCGGACCGAAAGUUUUGAAAAGUGUUGAGCAUACAGCGGCUGCGGCGAGUGAGUGUUUUUUCAACGCGUUUUCGAGGCUAAGCGCUAGCUAAUGUUUGAACAAGUGUGUUUUCUAAUGGAUUUAUUUUGAGAUUGUAUUCAAAACAUAAGGAGCCGUAUCGCUUCAGUCAUACUUCGAGGCUAUACGGGCAUUGUCGAGGUGUGUCGCAGGGCGGUGCGUUGGGUCACAUACUGUAAACUUUAUAUAUAACGGACCAAAGUGAAGUUGUCUAACAAACUGCUAUAAUCAGUGCUUCCUGGAUGUGUCUCCAACGGGAUGAAGACGAUGGUUAUCUCAUAGAUGAAGCGAGUCCAAUGGUGCAAUUACCAAUACUGGGUCCGGAGUCGGCAUUGAACUCAACCCCAGGUGGGGCUGCCAAGCCGCCGCCUAUCAACUCCUUCGAGCUGGACCGCUGUUUGGACAGAGAGGAGACCGGCAGGUGGGGCGACGCGGCGCGACGUCGCCGGCGCAGCUCGCCGAGACGACCCUCCCCGCCGCCCAACAAUGAGCCCAUCUCCCUCACCAGGGCCUCAGCACCGACGUCUCCCACCGGUGGGUCAGCACAGUCCAGCCCAGCGCCAGUGUCCCCCGCAGGGAGCAGCAGUGCUCCCCCCCGCUCACCCCUCCCCCUGGUAGCGCCAGACCUGCUCGCCAUGCAGCUGCUAGACCAGCACUCACAGCUGCAGGUUUUGAUGAAGCAGCGGCUGUUCCAUCAACAUCAUAUGCAGAAACAGCACAUGACGUCAGAAGCAGCGAAGCGGCAGCUGGAACAGUCGCGGCUACAAGAACAGAUCAACCUCAACCUGCUCUCACAGUCGCAUCUACCGCCGCCCGAUACUUCGCCCAGCUCUCUACAACAACAGCUCGGAGCCCAGCAGCAACAGCUGGUGCAGCAGCUGCAGGCGGUGCAGAGACAGUACUUGAUGCACGCGCCCAUAUCUGUCCCGCCCAAUGCUCCGGCAGGGUUAAUGCUGUGGGGUGGCGAAAUAGAAGAACAUCCGUUGUUUGGAAGAGGAGUAUGCAAGUGGCCCGGCUGUGAUGCUCUGGCGGAUGACUUUCAGGCAUUUCUCAAGCAUUUAGAAGGCGCGCACACUCUCGACGACCGGUCGGCGGCGCAGGCGCGCGUUCAGAUGCAAGUGGUUGCGCAACUCGAGCUGCAACUGCGACGCGAGCGCGACCGCCUCGCUGCUAUGAUGAGACACCUGCACGCGGCUAGAGACAACCACCACGCGAAACUACCACACGGAGCUCCAAGCGAAGGGGCAUCCCCUGGGCCGGUGAGGCGCCGAGUUUCCGACAAAUCUGGAGUAGCGAUUGCCGGAGAAAUCCAACGCAAUCGUGAGUUUUACAAAACGGCAGACGUCCGGCCUCCGUUCACCUACGCAUCACUAAUAAGACAGGCCAUAAUAGAAUCUCCCGACAAACAGCUAACCCUGAACGAGAUCUACAACUGGUUCCAGUCCACAUUCUGCUACUUUAGACGUAACGCUGCCACUUGGAAGAACGCGGUGCGACACAACCUGUCGCUGCACAAGUGCUUCAUGCGCGUCGAGAAUGUCAAAGGGGCCGUUUGGACCGUGGACGAGGUGGAGUUCUACAAGCGGCGGCCGCAGAGAGCCGCGCACGCGCCGCCGCCACAGAUGCACGCCGGGUUCAUGGGAGCACAGAGUCCACCAAUGAUGACAAGCCCUCAUGGUUACUCCGAAGCUCUUAAACGAAAUCUUCAGGGUAUGAUGGAAGAAUGCAAUCUAUCGUACAUGUCCGGAGAUGACCACAUGAUGCAAAGUGACGAUUAUCCAUCUGCUCAUGAUGAUUAUGGUCGACCACCGAUGAUGAAUGGAUACGGCAACAGCAGUUCCUCGCACGACGUCAAGGCGGAAGACCUAAGUGGGAACGACGCGCAGGACAUCAAACCAAAUCUGUAUGCAUUAAAAAAUGAGAUGCAAGCCUCAGAUUAUACCAAUAAAGAUUAUCAAAGCUCCACUAAAGAAUCGUCGAGCAAUCGCUCCAGUGAAACUAGUCCAUACGAUGACUAUCCACGUUCCGAGGACAGAUACCGCGCUUCCAUAUCCCACAUCAAGGACGAAGCCGAGAACCUGUCUCUCAAUGAACAGAGAUCUGAGAAAUAAAGUCAAGACUUCGCAAACGCUUUCAUACACAGUAGAAGACUUGGCUGAUGACAGCUAUCAAUGAAAUACGAAGGUCAAACAAGAGGCUGAAUAAGUGUUGAUGAUGAUAAUUUGUAGAAUUGCAAUUUAGCAAAAUGAGAAUUAAAAUAUAAUCAACGAAUUAUUUGAAUUUAUGUGCGAUCGUUGUCAGAAUCGAUCGGAAUUCUGAACAUUACAGAUGUGAAAUUAUGAACUGAAUUUAUAGCAAUACGAAGUGAUUAUGUGGUAAUUGUAACAUGGACAUUUUUCGCGUAUUCUUUAGAGUAGUGUAGCAUAUAAUAUCACAGUAUGUAAUACGAUUUAUAUUUACGGGUUUAGAUCUAUUUCGUGUUUGAGAACGGUGUUUUGAUGUGUUCACUGUUGGAUUUUUAUAAUUAAAAUAUAAAUGGAUCGAUUUAGGAGUAACCAAAUAUUUUUUCUUAUUUUUUUCAGUUUUAUUUUUAUAAUUUGCCCGGUUUUAACGGGACAUUUGAAGUAUUAUAGGUUUAAAGUUCUAUUUUUUAUGAUUGUUUAAUUUCCUGUAUUUAAGGUAAAUACAUAGCUAUAGUUAAAUAUUUCGAAUUGUUAGAAGUUAUCUUAGUGUAAGUGUUAGGUUAAAAGUUGGAUGAAUAAUCGGACAAGUCAACGAUAGACAACCUUAAAAGGUCCAUAUCAAUAUUUAAAAAUUAUAUAAUCAUUAUUUGUAAUAAAGAAAUAAGAACAAUAAGUAGUGUUAUUGGUCUGUCGUAGGAUAAAUAUGGUACAUAAAAUUCUAAACACGCAUAGCGUUUUGGUUCAAAAUCCAUUCCUUGUUAGUUAUUUCAUGUUUCGGUUUAGUGUUGUUAUGUUUUUAUCGACAUUUCCUAAAAUCUACUUAAAAUCUGACAAGGACACAAAAUUUGCAAAGAUCUCAAGAUUUUUUUUACCGACCAGAGUUGCUUUUAAUAAUUAAGUACUAAAGUAUACGGAAUUGAUUUAUGUAUGAUCUGAUUAGUUAUUUUUUUUAUUGUUUUAUUUUUGUUUAAGACAUUUUCACAUGGCGUGCCAUAGGGAGGCACUUUUGCUUGAUUGUGAUUCAAUGGAAUUGUUUUAGUCUGUAUAUAUACUUAUAUAUAUUUAUCACGAUUGUCAAAUGUAAAUUGUUUAAGAAAUUUAAAUUCUAGGCUUAUGUAACGUUCACGUAUAAUAUAAAUGAUGCAUAUAUUAAAUCGUUCAUGUUGUAGGAAAAUUAGACGAAAAAAAAAAUAGUAGUAAAAUUUUCACUGUAAUAGAUAACCGAUUCUGAGAAUUGUUUUUGUUUUUAUAAUAAUAUUAUAUGAAAAUAAUAUUAUGAAUUCGUUCAGAAUUUUUUAGUGUUUCAUAAUAUUCUUGUAAGCAUUUAUUAAAAAUAAUAAUAAUCGUCAAUAGAAUUUGAUCGUGUAAUUCCGAAUAAUUAUUAAAUAAUAAUUAAUGAAAGGGUGGAAAAUACCAUAUCACAACUAUGUAUUUAUAGAAAAUAAAUAAAUCUGUAACUUUGAUGGAUAUAUUCAAAGCAUUUAAAAUAUUUGUAGGAAUAAUAUGUUGCACAUUUUCCAGUAAGUGACAGUUCCAAUAUUUUUAAGCGAAGCGAAUGUACAAUGGUGUGUACAAAAUAUUUUUUUUUUCAUUUUGUGUAAAAUAUAUAAUUUUAUUUUUAUUAUAUCUUUUUUUUGAGGAACAAGCCAAGUUUGUAUAGAAGCAAAUCUCAGCGAAUGUUUUCGUUUUAUUAUGAUUAUCUUAUGCCGAUGUACUGGAUCGUACUUAAUACACAUUGUUAUCAAAAAUAACUUUUCGUUCAUAAAUAUUUUUUGGAAACACUUUUGAAUUGCAUUUGGUUUAAACACAAAUUAGAUUUUUACAUACUUAACUUAUAUUUAGCUUAUUGAUACUCUUAAUUGGUAAAAUUAUUUUUUUUUGUUAAUAAAAAAACGAUACUACAGUUCGGGCGCUAUAGCAUGGUGCGGGUGACAGUUCGUAUUACUCUUGUAAGUUUGCCGCGAUUUACGAUAAUAGUACGUAAGUAUUACAAACUUUAAAAGGCAACUGUCACCUGCACAAUGCUACAGCGCACAUAGUAUACAGGUGAUUUUUGUGCAAAACUGCUGAAAUAUUCGGAUUAUAACCAAUCUAUCGUAGGAGUCUUUCUCUGAAAUAUUUUUUGUAUUAAAACAACUCAUCCCGUUCAUAGAAACUUAUGAUAACAUAACACAAAAAAACAGACUCAGACACGUUUUGCGUUAGUUAGUUUAGUGCACACAUUAUUCUGGGAACACAAAAAAAUGUAAGUUUAAUAUACCUUUCAUCCAAAAAAGGUGUUUUUUCAAAGGUCGAAAUCGAAGGCAGAGGUUAUAUCCACAAGGCAAGGCACUAGGCAUAUCAAGUUAAUGUGAGUGUCUCAAACGGUAAAGGAAAAACAUCGAGAGGAAAUCUGCAUACCUGAGAAUUUUCUUAAUUCUCUAUGUGUGUGAAAUCUGCCAAUUCGCAUUUAGCCAGAGUGGUGGACUCGUGGAGGAGACUCGUGCUCAGCAGUAAGCCGAAUAUAGGUUGUUAAUGAUGAAAUAAGCUUAAAUAAUUAUGUUUGCACAUUUUAUAUUAUAAAUGCGCAAGUAAGUUCGUUUGUAUUUGUUUGUAAACUACCUACACUGUUUUGUUAUUUUUUUUUCUGUAGAAGCAAGUUUUGUCUACAAGCGCUUUUGAAACGUCAAGGAUGACUGUUUACUACUGGUUCGGUAGCUGCAAGACAUUGGUAAUAAUUAUUUCAAUACUUCUGAUAUUGAGAUUAAGAUUUAAGGCAUUUUAAGGUCGCCAUUGACGGUCAAUUAUUCUCACGUUUCUGAAAAGCAAACGGCAGUUCCCACUCCGCAUACUGUACAAUUCAUGUACGCAGUGACCAACACACGAUCAAUUAUAGUCGUGGGUGCUACAGAAACGUGAAAAUAAUUGACCGUUUGUGGCUAGCGUAAGGUCCAUUUACCCUGAUAUGCAUGAAAACACAAGAAAAACACGAUAUUCCGUAAAAGAGUACAAUAAGCUUUAUAUACAGAUAAUAUACUCCUUUCAAUAUUUUAUUUCUUUAUUAACAGAAAGAUCUAGUGAUGUCCCAAUGAAAGAAAAUUUACAUCGAUAUCGAUAACACUAUAAUCAUAAUUAUCAAGAAAUAAUUCUGAUAGAUUGAUGAAUAAUAUAGAAAGGAAAUUAAUGGAAGGAGUAUAAAAAACGUUUUUAUUUUACAAAUAAUACAAUUAUGUUGGUGUUAAAGUUUGUGUUAUCCAUCUGGUCGCCCUUACUUGGGUGGACUCUGUGACAUAUUUAUUGAUGAUCAUUGUAAAUUAUACUUAAUUAGUGUUGUAUUAAACCAAAUCAUUACAAAUA